AUGUUCGCUCAACGCUCGAUUAUGGCUCGCACUUUGUCCAACUCACUCAACAAUAAAGGAAGAAGUUUCUGGCAAUUCUACUUUCAGGAUUACAGCACCAUCGCCUCCAGAUCUAUUCAGCAAGGAUCAACAUUUCCAAAGAGUGUUGAGAAGGUAUCCACAUUGAACGUUGGGGCUCAGAAGUUCGAUAACUCCCAUAUCAAUACAUGUAAUCAUACUUGCUACGAAAAGUAUAGCAUCGCUGGCUUCAAUCCUAUUGUCUAUACUCUUCCAACACAAUCUAAAUCCAACAAACAAGUCUCUACAGCGAGCAUCGAGGCAAAGAAGAUUGCGGUAGAGGACAAUUGUCAUAUUACAACAUGCAAUCAUGCGUAUUACCAGAAGUACAGCAUCGCCGGCUUCCAUCCCAUCAAUCACCUUCUAACGCCCAUCAAAAUCACCAAGAAGGGUCCUACCACCACCAUUGAGUCUCAGGGAGAGGACAUCGAUGAUAUCGAUGAUGAGCCAUAUGACCAUAGUUACUACAAGAACUAUAGCAUCGCCGGCUUCCAUCCCAUCCAAACUACAACUCCAACAUCCCCGGACUCCUCUAAGAACCCCACAAAUGUGAGCCUUGAGAUCAGCAAAAUCAAGGUCCUCUCAGUCGUCACAACCUACAUCCCGUCUCUUUCUCUUGAAAAGACGAUGAACCAGGAGUUUUUGGAUACUAAACCAAAUAUCGAUACAUCUACUCAGACGAAUCAGAAUCUUGGUUUUAAGGGACUCGGCAUUACUGGAUUGCGAGAUGCUAGCGAUGAUAUGGCAGAGCAUGAGGAGAUGGCAAGAAGUGACGAGGAAGCCAUUCGGGUUAGGGAGAGGGAUGAUGGUAUUGUUCGCGCUGGCUUUCCUGCGAUUUGUCUUUUCAUGGGUAUAUUUUGA